CGCCCAAGCCUUCGGCAAAAUCAUUGUAUUUCUCACCUGCUGGUCCUCUCUCAUCUGAGUCUGAGACGAGCUGGUCUUUUAUCUUCCCAUGGGAAGGUUGACUUGAGGGCUCUUCUAUCGUAAACAACACAUCGCAGAAUGGGAGCAGUCGGAGUCCAGAAAGUUGAUGUCGCGAUCAUCGGGGCAGGAUGGUAUGGUCUCGUUGCAGCCAGGACAUACCUCCGUCUCUGUCCCAACGCAAACCUUCUCGUCAUCGACUCCGACUCCACUGUCGGCGGCGUAUGGAGUGAAGACAGACUAUACCCGAAUCUCGUCGCCCAGGUCAACCUCGGUCUGUUCAACUACACUGACACGCCCAUGCCGGCCGAAGGCGUGACCAAAGAGCGACAAGUGACCGGACGUAUGAUCCAUAACUAUCUCCAGCGCUAUGCUGAAGACCAUGACCUUCUCCGUUAUAUCCGGUUCAACACAUUUGUCAGCCGGGCGGAACGGAUAUCUGGCGGAUGGCGACUACACUUUCGAGACUCCGGCGAUAUCGUCGAGACCGCGAAGCUAAUGGUCGCGUCGGGCGUGACGUCUAUCCCGAACAUGCCGUCUCUUGACGAAACGGAUGUCUCUGUGCCAGUCGUCCACUCGAUGAACCUGGGCGCAUCGUUCGAGGAUAUCAAGAGGCCCGAAAUCAAGGAAGUCGUCGUCGUCGGAGCAGCCAAGUCGGCAUACGAUGCUGUCUAUCUUCUCCUGACGAUGGGGAAGAAAGUGACUUGGGUGAUUCGACCUGGAGGCGCUGGUCCUCUGGCCAUUCUCCCGUCUAAAUUGCUGGGUUUUUGGACAAGCAUUGGCGUAGCGUCCACGCGACUGAUGACGGGUCUAAGUCCCUCGAUCUUCAAUACCGAUGGCCUGUUAUACUCUGUCUUCCAGAAGAGCCCGGUGGGGAGAUGGGUGACUGGACGAUUCUGGGACACUGUGGCAUUUCUCAGCGACUUGCAUGCAGGAUACUACAAAGGCGAUCAUGUUUCCAAGCUACGACCGGAGAUUGACGGCAAGGGCAUUUUCUGGGCCAACUCCGGCCUUGGUGUAGUCACCCUGGACGACUUCUGGUCCACUAUCCACGAUGGCGACGUCACCGUGCUCCGCGAUGAUCUGCAUAAAAUCAAGGGCAAUACGCUGCAUCUCCAAUCCGGCCAGAGUGUAAGAUCUGACUACAUCCUCAUGUGCACCGGAUGGGGCGACCACUUCGCGAUGUUCGACAAUGCCACAAAGCACGAAGUGGGCCUGCCGGUGCUGACGGCGAAAGGAGCCGUGGAUCCUGCGUGGGUGAAGUCCGACGCGGAGGCCGAAGAUGCGGUCAAUCGCAAGCUGCCUUUUCUAGCGAAGUCGGCGGUGGUGCGAAACCCCAAGAAUCUCAUGCAGCCGCAGAGAAAGUGGAGAUUGUAUCGUCGCGUAGUCCCUAUCAAGCUGGCCGAGAAGGGGGAUCGAUCGCUCGCCAUUCUUGGCCAGAUCCACACGGUGCAGACACCUCUUGUCGCCGAGGUUCAGUCUUUCUGGGCCAUCCUCUACUUGCUGGGCAAGAUUGAACUGCCUGAUCAUGACACCAUGGUCAAGGAGAUCGCCGAGUGGAAUAUCUGGACGAAGAAGCGUUACUUGGGCCAGGGACAGAAGUUUCCUUACUCGCUUUAUGACUUUCUUCCGUACGUCGACACGCUAUGUAAAGACCUCGGUAUCAACUCGCGCCGCAAACCCAAUGUUCUGGCUGAGAUAUUCUCGCCCUACCGACCGGAUGACUUUAACGGCUUCAUCGAUGAGUACAUGCUAAAGAGACUGAACGACUCAGUCAGCAAGCCCAAGAAGAUCCAGUCUCGUUUCGUUAGUCGGUUGUUGGGGGUGGGCUUGAGCCUUAUUGUUUCUCUGAUUGCUUUAACCAAGGUCAUUAUUGCGUAAUAGAUGGGUUUAUUAUUUGUGAUAUUUAUUUAUCUUAGGAC